AUGCACUUCACCAAUAUCCUCGCCCUCCUGGCAGCCCCGAUCAUCGUGACAGCCACCCUGGACCCAGCAACCUCCAACACAAAAGGCUACAAACCCAAGAGUCUAAACUGCAGCGCAUCAAAAGUCUCAACAGCAAUCCAAGCCGCCGAAUGCUCGCACAACACCCGCGUCUCAGGAACCCAAACCUUCGCCGUCUUCGAAACAGACCACCAAUACGACUCGUACAACGGCGCUCCCUACGGAACCUGCAGCGCGUACACCUGCACCGCGCCGACAUCCUCUGAGUUAGAGGCUGACUCGGACUAUUGGGUGUUUUAUUGGGGGGACGAGGGGACGAGUAGUGGGUAUGGGACUGGGUGUAUUAAGGAUCCGAAUACUGGGGAGUGUGGGUGUGAGAAUUCGGAUGGGACGUUUGUUGCUGGGAGUGAUAGCUGUACUUAG